AUGUCUUCAGGAGGAGUUGGUUCUGUCACCAGGUUCGACCGGGUGCGAGAGGUCCCUCACUAUGACCAGGUCCCUCUGGAUCCCUUAUGGCAUAAUACUUUUCCCUUUCCCCUGGCACCCAUGAAUGGAGCAGUGCCAGCUCUCAGCUUAGACCCCCUUCCCCCUCCCCCUCUACCUGGUCAACCAGCUGUUGGUCCUGAAUCUUUCUACCCCUCCAGCAAUGAAGACCCAACAGAGAGCGAGAGUGAUGCCAUGGACAUUAAGCCAGUCCAUCGUUUUGUCCCUGACUCAGUCAAGAACUUUUUCAGGGGCAAUAGCGGCAACCGUGACAGCCAGGGACGGUCCAUCCCUCCGUCAACUGCCCCUCACUCGCCUGCAGCCUCAUCCAAGAAGAGUUCCAACGGCCGCACCACAACAGGGGUCCCCUGCUCACCCCCCCACUCCGCCCCUCCAUCUCCGUCCCUUCCUGGCUCCAACUGGGGCCACAACGGAGGCCCCGGGAGCAGCUACAACGCUCACAAGGAAGACGGACUGCUCCUGGGUGCUGAAGCUCUCGACUCUGCAUCUGCAGUGCCCACCAAUCUAUCAACACAGACCUAUCAGGAGCGGGUGGAAGAGUAUCACCUGCGUUACGCCUACAUGAAGUCCUGGGCUGGCCUCUUGAGAAUCCUUGGCUGCGUGGAGCUACUGCUUGGAGCGGCUGUGUUUGCCUGUGUCUGUGCAUAUGUUCACAAAGACAACGAGUGGUUUAAUAUGUAUGGAUACUCCAGUCCACAGCUGUUUGGAGGACUUGGUGGAGGGGCAGGUGGAUCGGGGGGCAGUUACUACACAGGCCCCAAAACUCCAUUUGUCCUGGUGGUGGCUGGUAUGGCAUGGAUAGUGACUGUUAUUCUAGUCGUUCUUGGGAUGUCAAUGUACUACAGAGCCAUCCUUCUAGACUCUUCCUGGUGGCCACUCACAGAGUGUUCCAUCAACCUUGUGUUGGCUGUGCUCUACCUUUCAGCAGGGGUGGUGUAUGUCAGGGACACCACUCGAGGGGGGAUGUGCAACAUACCAGUCUUCAAUAAUGGAAUAAACGGGGCGUUUUGUCGCACAGAGGCUGGCCAGAAUGCAGCCAUCGUCUUCCUCUUCAUCACCAUGGCGCUCUACUUCAUUAGUGCAGGAGUGUGUCUGAAGCUGUGGAGGCAUGAAGUAGCAAGGAUGAGGAGGGAGGCACUGGAACAGGAGCUGGGUCCAGGCUCCAGGGCCUCCGAGCAGACUCCUCUCCCCACCAUCAUGCCAGACCUCAUGGACGCCCCAAACAACUCUGCAGCUGCUCCUGUGAGGAUGCUGGAGCCAGAGAUCCUGCAAGGUCACAUACCAGCCGGAUACAUCCCCAAACCUGUAGUCAUAGCUGACUAUGUGGCGAAGUACCCCAACAUACGCUCAGAGGAGGAAAGGGACCAGUACAGGGCUGUGUUCAAUGACCAAUAUGCUGAGUAUAAGGAGCUGCACAGUGAGGUUCAGGCAAUGGCUUCAAAGUUUGAGGAUAUGGACGAGAUGAUACAGAAUCUUCCCUCCCGGCCGUCAAGCCAAAUGGAGAAGGAGCGGAUCAGUGGCAUUUUAAUGGAAUAUCAGAGGAAGAAAACCGACCCGACAUAUUUGGAAAAGAGGGAGAGGUGUGAGUACCUGAAGAACAAGCUCUCUCACAUGAAACAGAAGAUUCAUGAGUACAACAAGGUCGCGGACUGGAACGAUGGUGAGUGCCAUCUGGAUAUCAGAAUGCCGAGAGACAAACAUGGCCCCCCAGCAUACCCGACAGGUGGCAGUAAACACCACAGCAGCAGACACAGGCGCAGUGAGCAUGUGUCCAACCCAGCCUUCUCCUACUACCCAGGGGACAAGAUGCUUCACUUCUACCGCUGGACCUCACCCCCGGGUGUGAUGAAGAUAUUGUGUAUCAUCAUCGUCAUCAUGUGUGUGGCAGUGUUCGCCUGUGUGGCCUCCACACUGGCCUGGGACUACGAUAUGGGUCUCAUGGGUCUUGGAGGUGGAGGUGGCUUGAUGCCAGGUUAUGGUGGUGGAGGCACAUACGGUGGCUCGUAUGGCGGUUCAUAUGGUAACUCCUAUGGCGGCAAUUACGGCAGCUCAUAUGGAGGCGGAGGUGCUGGCGGUGGCAGUUCCUACGGAAGUGGAGGAACGCAAAUGGAUCCCAAGACUGGCAAAGGCUUCAUGAUCGGCAUUUCAGCCAUUACCUUUAUAGCUGUGCUCAUUAUAUUCGUGUUGGUUGUUUCGAGGCAAAAUGCUGCCCGCUCAGUAAAGUUCUACCUAGCAACCAUCAUCAUCAGCGCCAUCUUAGCGUUUCUGAUGAUCAUUGCCACUAUAGUGUACCUGGUAGCAGUGAACCCAACCGCUCAGUCCACUGGGUCGGUCUACUCCAGCCAGAUCCGCCAGCUGUGUUCCCAGUACCAGACACAGACCCAGGCCCAGGGCAUCUUCCUCAACCAAUACCUUUACCAUUACUGUGUGGUGGAGCCUCAAGAGGCCAUCGCCAUUGUCCUGGGCUUCCUUGUGUUUGUCGGUCUCAUCAUCCUGCUGGUGUUCGCUGUCAAGACUCGCUCGCAGAUCAGGCACUGGGGCCCAGAGCGCAUUCUCUGGGAGGAAGUGAAGGUCAUCACAGACGGUCCACACAACAGUGUCGGGGAGUGGGUGAACAAUGUGACUGGUGACCCAGAGAUAAUGGUGAAUGACUAUAAUGACAAAGUUGGGGGUUCCAGAGACUAUCUGGACCGACUGGACAACAAGCCUCUUUACCUACCAGGAGAUUCGGACAUAAGCAGCUCUGUGGGAAACCUGAAGCCCAGGCUGAAGGACUAUGACACUGGUGCAGAGUCUGGAGAUGACCUGGAGGAGGAGGACUUCAGCAUGUUGUUUCCUUCCAUUGUGGAUGAGCAAGAACGUCUGACCUACAAGCGGGAGUUUGACCUGGAUCACCAGGAGUACAAGGACCUGCAGUCUGAGCUGGACAACAUAAACCAAGACCUGGCCCACCUGAACAGAGAGCUCGACCGACAGCCUGAGGGCAGUCCACAGUUCUUGGAUGCCAUGAAUAAAUACACCAGACUGAAGAAUCACAAGAAGACCCCAGACUACCAGAUAAAGAAGAAGAGGUGUAAAUAUCUCAGGUCCAAACUGUCACACAUCAAGCGGAAGAUCAGUGACUAUGACCGACGACCAUGA